AGUUCGAUUUUGUUCUGUAUUGUAGUUUUUGUAUUUGUUUUAAUACUACUUCCGGCAUUUCGCCAAAAUGGCUUCUUCAGGAGCAGCACACAUUUCGAUGUCGGUUCUUUCCACGAUUACAUUGCUAUUUUGGGCGGAAUUCGCACACUGCAAUCUCAAUAGAAGGCCAAGUGAUGCGUUGGACACGGACUUCUCGGUGCCUGUCGAGCAUUCCUUCGAGAUAGAUGAUGAGCCCAGGUUUCGGCGGCGUGGCUCGUUGGAGUUGCGUGCUGGGAGAGAGUCCGGUGUCACUAUCUCCCAGAGUCAUCUCUCAGAAGAGGACCGAAGUACGUUGAAGGAAGUCGCUGCUGUGGAUGGCCUGUACAGGAUUCGAGUGCCCCGGGUGUCUUUACAAGUCGACAGGCAGACGGAGAAGCAGGCAGACGGCGGCUACCUAACAGCCUUUGUGAAAGCGUGUGCUUUGGUAGAGUCUCACCUGAGUGACGUCAUCACCCUUCACACCGACGUCACUGGCUACCUCAUAGGCGUCUCCAUAGUGACCAUACCUGGCACCUGCCGAGGCCUCGAAGUGGAGGACGAGGUGGACCUGGAGUCCUUCAACACCACGCUGAUAGUCAUGGCUCCUGUCAACGCCCCCAUGCCAGAAACUGCUGGUUUCAUUGCUGCUCUAGAGAUGGAGAGAGAGAAGAAAGAAAAGAACCCACAGGAACAGAAGUCCUUCUUUGCCAAAUAUUGGAUGUACAUCGUUCCCCUUGUCCUCUUCCUGAUGAUGUCCGGAGCACAGGACCAAUCAGGAGGAGGGAACGGCGGUGGAGCAGCCAAUGGGGGUGGCCGAUGAUCUUAAUACCCGUGUGACACGCUCAGUAUGAAUGGAAACAGUACAUUUUUUUUUCUUUUUGUGUAUAUAAUGGUGAAUGAAUGGGUAUCGGCUAGCUAAAUUAACUUAAGUUAAAAUUGCACUCAACUUAAAACACACAAGACCAUGGACUCCUGUUGACAUGUGAAUUCUACUGCAUUUUUGUAUUGUCUAACGUAACUGAUACAUGGAAGGAAUAAAAUUUGUCUUAAAAGUA